CACCCUCAGAUCCAGCCCUAGUAUAACUUCAGAUCAUGAAUUUAUUCUGUUUUUAGAUGUCAGAUUUAUAGAAGACCUUCUCCUUGCAGGAUCCCUGAAAACUCAGCGCAUUGUUUCCCAUUUUCAUUUUGACGAUCAUGGCUAUUCCAGUGAAAGGACCAUUUCGUUGUCAAUGUCUCGAGUGUGACAGCUCUGGUAAAUAUAAGAGAUCCUUAUUUAAAAAGAUCUCUAACUUUUCUACAUGGAGCAACUUGACUCUUGUGUUACUAUGGGUCGUGAUCAUUUUCUUGAUUUAUUACACUAAGAACUUGAGCCGUCAGGUGCACAUUUGCCCAGAGAGGUGCCAUUACACCAUUGAUUAAGAUGCUUCAGUCA